GCCUUAGUGGCAGGGGCCCCCCCGCCAUACUCUGAAGACGUGGUCUCCGGGGGGGCCACGGCGGGCCCCCCAAAGCCCGAAGGCGCACGCACAUCCUGCCCGCCCACACACGGCGGCGCCCAGCUGGCCGCCACAGGGCCUCACGACGCUGCCCAACGGCGACGUGACGCUGCGGCGCGCCUCAGGACCCCUUUUUCCCGACGCUCUGAAGGGCGGCGCGCGGAGUGGCGCGGGGCGCAGCGUGGAAGACGGCUGAGGCCGAGGGCGGCACUACGGCUCCUGAGUACUAAAUUUCCCUCAGGGGAGUCGUCUAGGGCCGGGGGCCCGACCACCCGCGCGCGGCCUCUCCUACGGCCGUGGAGCCCUCAACUCCCCGUGGGCCCCGCUGCCGGAGCCGCGCCCCCCGCAAUUUUUACCGGGGACGCUCGGCCGCCCAGACAAGGGCCAGCGGCGCCCGAACGAGCACCGCCACCCGCGCCCCUACCCCCCGGAGGAGCCUGGAGCCCGGAGGGCAUGCCCCUCCACCCCGCUCUCCUCGACCCCCCUCCCUUUCCCCGCACGACGGCCCCGCGCCGCUCCCCCAGCAGCAGAGCCAGCAGGACGCCCAGCAGAGGGCCGCAGGAGGGGGGAGGGGGGGGGGCAACCGUCGGGGCGUCGUCAAAAGGAACUCGCUUCUGUGCGGCUGCGGCCCGACGCUGGCGGACGACGGGUCGCUGCGCCGCCCCCGCACCGCGACGACCCCCCCUCGCCGCCGCCCGGAGCGGCCAAGGGCGCCCCUGGGCGUCGCAGCCGGAAAUCGCUGACGCCCAAAACCCGGCCCCGACGGCGCAGUGCGACGUGGGUCGCCGGCGCCCCUUUUCCACCCUGGCCGCCCACCAGGGCGCCGGGCCCCCACACGAACCCUCCUCGCAAAAUCCCCCCACAAAAGAAAAGGCCCCCCACGCCCCCACACCCUGCUGGCCGCGGGCGGCGGUGGCUGCACACGCCACCGGGGCCCGCGGGGACCGCAACACCGACCGGGGCGAGUCCGAGAUCAUGGUCCAGCCGGGAAAACGCUGCGACGGGGGCCCCCGCCAUCAAACCGACCCCCCGACCGCCAGAACAGCGACAAAACAACAACAACACCAACAACAAACCCGCCUGCCGCUCAGCGCCCGCAAAUGA